UCACGCAUUUUUUUCCUACCAAAAAGACAGGCGCACUAGUUGUCGCGCGGCUUUCUUUCCCGAAGGCUGAGCCGGGCUCGUCCGUCUCCAUCGCCCACCCUCUCGGCCUCUCCAGGCCGCCGCCGGCUCCGUCGUCGUGUUCCCCGACGCCCGUAGCGUUCGACCGCGGCCAGUCCCAGUCCAAGAGGAGAAUGGGGAGCCUGGCGUCCGAGAGGAAGGUGGUCGGCUGGGCCGCCAGGGACGCCACCGGACACCUCUCCCCCUACACCUACACCCUCAGGAACACAGGCCCUGAAGAUGUGGUGGUGAAGGUGCUCUACUGUGGAAUCUGCCACACGGACAUCCACCAGGCCAAGAACCACCUCGGGGCUUCAAAGUACCCUAUGGUCCCUGGGCACGAGGUGGUCGGUGAGGUGGUGGAGGUCGGGCCCGAGGUGAGCAAGUACGGCGUCGGCGACGUGGUAGGCGUCGGGGUGAUCGUCGGGUGCUGCCGCGAGUGCAGCCCCUGCAAGGCCAACGUUGAGCAGUACUGCAACAAGAAGAUCUGGUCCUACAACGAUGUCUACACUGACGGCCGGCCCACGCAGGGCGGCUUCGCCUCCACCAUGGUCGUCGACCAGAAGUUUGUGGUGAAGAUCCCGGCGGGUCUGGCGCCGGAGCAAGCGGCGCCGCUGCUGUGCGCGGGCGUAACGGUGUACAGCCCGCUAAAGGCCUUUGGGCUGACGGCCCCGGGCCUCCGCGGUGGCAUCGUGGGCCUGGGCGGCGUGGGCCACAUGGGCGUGAAGGUGGCGAAGGCCAUGGGCCACCACGUGACGGUGAUCAGCUCGUCGUCCAAGAAGCGCGCGGAGGCGAUGGACCACCUGGGCGCGGACGCGUACCUGGUGAGCACGGACGCGGCGGCCAUGGCGGCGGCCGCCGACUCGCUGGACUACAUCAUCGACACGGUGCCCGUGCACCACCCGCUGGAGCCCUACCUGUCGCUGCUGAGGCUGGACGGCAAGCACGUGCUGCUGGGCGUCAUCGGCGAGCCCCUCAGCUUCGUGUCCCCGAUGGUGAUGCUGGGGCGGAAGGCCAUCACGGGGAGCUUCAUCGGCAGCAUCGACGAGACCGCCGAGGUGCUCCAGUUCUGCGUCGACAAGGGGCUCACCUCCCAGAUCGAGGUGGUCAAGAUGGGGUACGUGAACGAGGCGCUGGAGCGGCUCGAGCGCAACGACGUCCGCUACCGCUUCGUCGUCGACGUCGCCGGCAGCAACGUCGAGGAGGAUGCCGCUGAUGCGCCGAGCAACUGACGGCGUGCAACGUUCGUUCGGGGCUCGAGGCUGCCUGCGCUUCUGCUUCCUUUAGUAAUUGUGGGCUUUGUGCGUUCUUGCCGUGUUCUGUUCUGGUUCUGGGCUUUCAGAUGAGUUGAAGGAUGGUCUGUUUAAAUGGCAUCAGACUGAAUAACUAUAUGUUGUAGUAGUACGUGUUAUACUCGGAGUACGCCACGAUAUGGUGUGGUGUCAGUGUCACCAGCAUUCUGGAUUUGCAGUUUACCCAAAUGUUUCUGGU